AUGACACCCACAACCAUCAUGGGUCCGGAAGACGCCAAAAUCGUCCGACCCCUCUCCGGCCCGCCACAAUUGAACAGAUCAUGCGAAUCCUGCCGAAGCUUGAAGGUCCGCUGCUUCCCUGAUCCCAAGGCUCCCGACCAGUGCCAGCGGUGUGCAAAGGCCAAGAGGACGUGUAUCUUCGUGGCGCCGCAGAGGCGGCGGCCGCGGAAGAGGACCGACUCGCGGGUGGCUCAGUUGGAGAGGGAAAUGCGACAGAUGCGCUCCCUUCUAAAGGGCCGCCUACACACGGACGAAACUAGCACGGCCAGCGACGACAGUGAAGAGGCGGAAUCGAUCGAGGGUGAUUUUGGCGCCAACGGAAGAGAACUGAACCCUAAUGACCCCAGCAACAUGUCGGACUCGUUACGACCAAUGAACCCCUCCCCUAAGGUGCUAUCCCCCCUGCGUCGGAGCACUCUGGACAGCCGAUCCAUCUCCCCCGCGAGCUUCGAUUACGCAUUGACAGAACACUCCGCGGAGAUUGCCAUGAGAGAAGAUGUGAUUGACCGGGGCAUAAUAUCACUGGAAGAUGCCAACCAACUAGUGGCGCUUUUCAACAUGGAGCUCUCGGCUUGCGCUGGGAUGAUCUUGUGUCCUACCGGCACUACAGCCGCCCACCUGCGCCACAGCAAGCCCAUUCUAUUUCUGUCCGUGAUCGCGGCCGCCGCUCUUGCGGUAGACGCCGGGCUGGCUGCCACUCUCAACCGUGAGAUGGUCCACCUUUAUGCUGAACGAUUCUUCAUCAAUGGGGAGAAGUCGCUGGAGCUGAUCCAGGCCUUGCUGGUGAUGACUAUCUUCUACUACCCACCCGACUCCCCGCUCAAACUGCAGCACUGCCAAUAUACCCACGUCGCAUCCACCAUGGCCCUGGAGAUUGGGUUGACCUCGCGACACCGGAUCAGGUCUGACUGUAAACAGGAUGGCAAGUCGAACAAACGCGGAUACAAUGAGCAUGUGGCCGAGCAAGCACGGGCGAUGGUGGGGUGUUACCACCUGGCAUCAAGAGUCGCUAUGAAAAUGCGCUGUCCCAGUAUCCUUCCUUUUGACGACUGGAUGGGGGAGUAUGUCAACUAUCUCGAAUGUUCGCCCAACGUGGCAGACCGACAGACGGCCCGGUGGUUCGAACUCCAGAAGAUCGUGGACGAAUCCAUGGCCUCUUUUGGCCUCGACAACGCCAGCGCCACGACGCCGCUGGCGGAGACGCGCAUUCAGGCUGUGCUGCGAUGGUUCGACCAUCGGAUGCAAGCUUGGAAGGACGACGCCCCGGCGGAGUUGAUCUCAAUCCCCGUGACCUUCGAAUACCACUAUACCAAACUCGCCGUAUAUGAGAUCGCCGCGGGGGAGGGCUACCGAGAUCUCAACGCAGUGGAUGGGCCGUAUGAUACGCUUCCACCAUUAGAGGCCAGUGGGCAGGCGUCGGUCCUUCCCCUGAGUGCACUUCGGGUAGACUUCACCUUCAAGUGGAUGAGUGCAGCCCAGGAGAUGCUCGACUAUUUCCUCGCCUGCGACACGGCUGUUUUGCAAAAGUUGCCCAACCUAGUAUACACCCAAGUUGGGCUUGCCCUGACGUCCCUCCUGAAAGUAUACUUCCAGGUGCGCACGGGCGCACUGGGAGAGUUCGUCACGCCGCAGUCGGUGAACAUCGAAGCCUACCUCGACGCAAUGAUGCGGAAGCUCACCGACGCAAGCUGUGGCGGCCAGUAUCGUGUCCCAAGCCGGUGGCAAGGCGCCGUCGUUGUCAGAGCCUGCGACUGGUACGAGGAGUUCGAACGGCGACACUCACAGAGCGAGCCGAACACCGUUCCCCAAGUCAGCGUCAGCGCAUCGACACCCCCACCAACCCUACACAUCCAAACCUCAGUAGGAUUCACCACCUCCCACGCAUCCCACUCCAGCGAAUCCCUGGUCCUGAACACCGAACCCCCCACCUUCCCAGCCGUCGGCGGGCCCUACGGGGCUCCUCCCCCCGUCAUGAGCCCGCUAUGGUCACCUGAGCAGAGCAACUCCCCGCCCUUUGUGUACCCGGAGCAGUUUACGGACUACCCGCACCAGAUGGUUCCUCCUCCUCCUCGAUUUGUGUACGAGCACGCGCCGCGGUCUCCCCUGGAAGAGCCCCCCAACGGGCCGUCUGGGCCGCCUCGAGCAGGCAUGGGGUUCGAUGCCUGGAUGCCGCAUGAUCGUGUGUAUGGGGUGCCCUGCUUGCCUGUCAUAUAA